CACCUAAGAAGAAGUAUAACGGAAGACGAACCGCAGGUUGUGUACCAAGCUCACAACAGAGUUGUCAGGAGCCCGUACUGCUAACCGGGUUCAUCUCAGAGGACAACAUCCUUACUUCAUAGUGGAAUCAUGUUCGAGAACUUCAGAGAAAGACUUCACAUGGUGCAACAGGAUUUAACGACAGGCUUGAAAACAUUUGGGGACAAAUCAAAGGAAUCCAAAAGCAGCAGCAGCAGCAGCAGGAGGAAGUCCAGGUAUGAAGAAAGUCUUCCUCAUUUUGGUGCUGGACUAGACAUCCUGAGCAGGUACGAAGAGAGUUGGUUUCUGCUUCACAAAAAAACUAAAGACUCUGCUCAGGUUGCAGAGGCCAUUGAUGGGGACGUAGUGAUGCUGUCGGCACACUGGGAGAAGAGACGAUCAGCACUGACGCAGCUACAGGAACAACUCCAAAGUUUGCCUGCCUUCAUCGGUGAACUUGACGCCAUCACUACAUCGAUAGCUCAUAUGGAAGGGGACUUUGAGGAGAUGGAGAGCAGGCUGGUCUUCUUGGAGACACUAUGUUGUCAAUGUGAACAACAGACACUCAAGCAGCAGCAUAUGGAACAAUUGGAAGUCUUUAAGAAUAAAAAGAGGCGAGAACUAGAGGCACUAGAAGUGGAACUGAACGCAGAGCACGCUCAGAAAGUUGUAAAGCUAGAGCAGGCACGGCAGCAGAAACUGAGGGAACGACAGAAAGUCUUUGAAGAAGCCUUUAACCAAGACUUGGAGAAAUACCGUUCCACUGGAUGUCUUGAGCACAGAGAUCCAACAGAAGCAGAUGUGGUUGUUCUGGAUCAGAUGACCGUAACCAACCUAUCAGACCAGGAAGCAUUGGACAAUUUCCUCAACUCUAGUGAUGAGUUUAGCUCUGGGUCGUCACUCACUUCAGGUCCAGACCCUAAGUCCGACUCCUCGGAAUUCUUGAGCAGUCCAUUGAGCCAAGUUCCAGACCUAGAAAACCACUCGUCAGACAGACACUAUGAAUGUGUUCAAGAUGGCGAUGGCCUCAGUGAGGACAGUGAUGAGCCUGUGGUGCAAUUAGACGAAGAGGACAUUCAGCCGGACAUGACGUUGGUCGGCCUUCAGGAUCUCGAACAAGUCAGGAGCUCAGAUGAAAGCGACUCUCCGGAGGAUGUGCCCUGAGGGUAAACCUUGCAACUAUGCCCUGAAAUAUCUCGAGGUUUAAGCACCCAACCUAACCUUAAAUGCCCCAAACUUGGACUUUGGACAACAUGCGCAGCCAACGCAAGUCGGCUUUUGUUUUUUUAACCCGAAAACAAUGCAAUAGACAAAUCAAAAAUGCACCAAAUGAGGGCCGAGCAUGUAAUUUAUCUAUGGAUGUGUUUUUUGUCGUUAUGUUCAAAUACAUUUCCGUUACCAAUGCUUUCUAAAAUAGGAGAAAAGUAAGGACUCGUAUGAAGCAACAGUUAAGCCUCUAGUGGUUUAAAGCAAGCAUAUCACAGUGACCACCACUCUGCAAUUAAAACAUUCUUAAUUAAGGGAGCAAAUAUGCUUCCAUAGACGUCCUGCAAAUUUUGUAAGUAAAUAUGUCCUCAAGUCGGAUAAUUUCAAUUUUGUUUCCCAAUGUGCGCACUAUUGUAACUAGUUGACUGAAUCCAUUUGCACACAAUUUUGCUCCAGCUGGUUUGACAAUUCAUAAACAAGACAAUCCUUGUGCUCAUGUUCAAGAUAAAUAAAUGCUGUUUUUAUUUGUGUUUCAAAGAUAGAUGCAAAUAGGAACAUUGUACAUACACAACAUAAUUAGGAAUCAUAGGCCGUUAAGUUGUGUUAAUGAUUCUCUAAAGCAAAAAUACUUAUUAGCAUAUAAAAAGCCAUUAAAAUGGUCAUUGCCAUGCUAUUCUACUCUAUAUAUUUGACAUUCAAAGUGAGCCAAUGACUUAUUUUAAUUUGAAGGUCUUCAUAUUUUUGGUCUCAAAGCUGUGUGGAUUAAUCGCAUUUGGGAAAAAGGCCAUUGCAUAUUUUCAAAUUGGUUUGUUUUAGUAUGUGUUCUGACAAUGUUUUUUUUUAAGAGCAACAAAGUUGUCUCGUUGCAGUGAGGAAUUUGAGACAACUGCAUUUACCUUCCAGAUAGCAAAACCUUUUAUUAGUGUACGAACACGUUGCUAAGUGAACCUUGUGAAAUCAUAUGUGUAAUAUUAUCAGAUGCAGUAUUAGGUUCAUUUUAAAUAAAUCAUAGUCGAAUAAAUAUUGAAAUAGUUGUACAGCCUGAAUUAUACACAUGUAUUUGUGGACCACUGUAACUCCUCCUCACUAGUACCAGCUGAUAAAUUAUUUAGAAACCAAAGUUACAGUAUAUAUAUAUAUCUUGACAAUGAAUAUUCCAUCCACUAAUUUCUUUAAUCACUUAACCUCACUCUGGACAUGAGAUGUGACCUAUCCCAGCUGACCUUUGGCAAGAGUUGGGGUACCCCCCAAAAAAGGCUGCUGGCCAAUCACAGGGUAUAUUUAACAAAUAAUCAUUCAUAUUUAUGUUUACACUGGGUCACAAUUCAGACUCUUCAAUUAACCUAAGCAACACAUUUUGUGGAUGUGAAACAUCUGGAGAAGUUUUACACAAGCGCAGCAAGAAGAGGCAAGCUCAGAUGAUUUGAGUCUGGAUUUUAAAUCCCAACCUCAGAACUGUUAAGCAAACGUGCGAUCCACUUGACAACCAACAAAUUGAAUCUGUUUUUUUUUUCUUUAUUGAACUAAUUGUAUAUAAAUUGCUAAUAAAUGUACAGCACAGUAUUCAAUUUACCAAAGACAGCAAUUGUCUUCCAAACUUUUAAUAGGACAUAUGAUUGUUCCUCAUAUCUUGCAUGUGUGACAAUGCGUUGUGAGAGCACUGUGACCUAAUUGCUCGAUGUUGGGCUUCAUUGAAGCUUGCAAUGAAUGUUUCUUCUUGACCUUAUGCUGUUUUAUUGGAACACCUCUCAUUUUAGUGAACAGAAAAAUUGUGGCAAUUUUUCUAGCACGCUUUGUAUGCAUUCUGUUGGUAAACCAGGAAUUAAAUAACUUUAAAGCAUUUAUUCGUGUGUGUGUGUGUGUGCGUGUGUGUGUGUGCGUGUGUGUGUGUGUGUGUGUGUGUGUGUGUGUGUGUGUGUGUGUGAGCGUGCGCGCGCUGUUCAUAUACAAGAACUGUUUUUAUCACAUUUAAUUGCCCCUUUCAUGUCAUUUAUACAUUCACUAGGUGACUGAUUCACAAUUUGGUUUUGUCUGAUAUCAGAGAUUAAAUAAAGAAAACCAACUGGCUGA